AUGACGUUGAAUAAUUGUUCCUCCGAUGAUCAAACAAAUAACAGGGAUGGUGAUCUUUAUUCUAUGAUUGCACCAUAUUAUCCGAGAAACUCUCAUGAUAACAAUUCUUCUACUGUCGUCAGAACUUCUGCAACAACUCCUCUCCACCAAGUUCCCCCGGUUCGUAAUAUGGGUAAACCGCCACUCGGACUGAAGUUCAACAUGACCAAAAUGUUGAGUAUGAUCAAUGCCGAAGUCCUUGAAGCACCUAAUCAUUCUUCUGCUGAUAAGCAAACUGCUAUUAACUUCAACGCUUUGUCUCUUACAAUUGGUUCUUGGAAGAAAAAAUCAAAACGUCACGCGGAUAUUGUCGUCAAGUGUUUUUUCAAGAAAAAGAAAAUGGCUUUGGAACUUUUGGAAGGCAGUGUUAAAAUCAAGAUUGAGUUCAACUGGUGUGAUAUUGAAACUAUGAGUGCUACUUUCCCAAGCAACGGCGGAUAUCUUUAUAUUAAGCUGAAGAAUAGUCCCUUAUUCUUCCGUGAGGAGAAUCCUCAGGCUAAGAAGCAUACAAUAUGGAAAUCAACAGAAGAUUUUACGGAUAGACAAGCUUCCUUAUUAUGUAUGUAUGAGCUUAAAUUCGAACCAGGUUUGUUAGAGAAGCAUUAUUGCAAGAUAAUGAUAGCUGCUCCAGAGUCAAAUUUGAACCUACUGCCUUUAUUAGAAGAUUCAAAUGAUGAUCCCCAACUAUCAAUUACUUUCACAGGUGCACAAUGA